AUGCACCUCACCACCCUGCUGCUGCUGCUGGCGCUUGGCCCAGGACUGGCUGGGGCUGGACUGCACGGGCUGAGCCUGGCGCAGUGCAGCUGCGUCCCGGCUCCCGGAGUGCCCGCCCUGCAUGGGCCCGUGAGCCUGGUGGCACGGCCCCGGGGAGCGCCCCGGCCUGACGGCUUGGAGUGGGUGUCCUCGCCCAAGGACGUUCUUCGUUCGAGUUAUCCGGAUACGUGGGCCAUGGGAACCACAAUGUCUGAAACGGAAACAACUACAAUGGACAUGGACACAACCACAGAGACCAUGACCACCACUAUGACCACAACCACCAACACGACCACCACCACCACCACAGACACGACGACAGCCACCACAGACACGGCCACCACCUCUGUGACCACCACUCCAGAUACCACAACCUCCAACACCACAGGAGUCAAUGUGACCCAAACCACUGUCCCCUUCCGCACGACAACAAUCUUGUUCACAACAAGAUCAUACCUGUCCCUGACCCCCUCUCCUGACUCUCCAACAAGCAACACCACAACCAUGCAGUCCACAAACAGCUCUGCCAGCAACACCACAGCGAACAGCACUGUGGUGCCUGUCUCUGUCAGCAUUAUGAUCCCCCACUCCAAUACCACGAGGAAUGGCAGUGAUGUGGUCUCAUCGCCAAGCACCAACACCAUGGGGAUGGGAAACACUGUGAGGCCCACCUCAAGCACCACCAUGGCAAGCAGCAGCAAGGUCCCCCCAUCAUCCAGUACCAACGGCAGCUCUGUUGUCCCCACCUCCGGCUCCAACGCCACUGCAGACAACGGUGCUGAUGUGUCCCCAACAGGCAAAGUCUCUGUCACUACUCAGGGCAGCCCGGCCCCUGGGAAGGCCACGACGGCCGUGCUGGUGGGCAGCGGCACCCCCAACCCCAGCAAAGCUGCAGUCCUGACACCCGUAGUGGUCCAGCUGCUCCUUAGCAUCCCGCUCUCCUUCCACAUCCUCAAUAAGAAUUUCAGCGAGAGCCUGCUUGACCCCACAUCAAAAGAAUAUGUGAGCCUGAGCCAGAGCGUCCUGGCCGUGUUUGAAAGCGUCUUUGGCUGUGUCCAGUGCAACAACCAGCAGGCCUACAAGGGAUGCAGUGAGCUCCGGUUCAGCCAAGGCUCCGUGAUGGUACAGUCCAACCUCGUGUUUGAGCGUGGCAAUGGCUCCACCACCAGCAAUACUGUCGAGAAGCAACUGAAGAACAGCUUGGACUCAAAUGGCUUCAUCAUGGAUCUGCAGCUGGACAACAUCCAAAGUGCUCCAGACACAACCUCUCCGGUGCCAGCGCCUGCGGUGCCAGGCUGGGCCAUUGCUCUACUGGUCCUGGUCUCCAUCCUCGUGCUGCUGAGCAUCCUCAUGUUCUUUCUGCUGACCGCCUGCUCCUGCCGCCGGAAGAGCCGUGGGAAGCUGGACCUGUUCAGCGCAAAGGACUCCUACCACCCCAUGGCUGAGUACCCCACCUACCAGAGCCACGGGCGCUAUGCGUCACCCACCAGCAAGCACAACCCCUACAGCCAGGCAGCAAUGGCGGAGGGGCCGGCACCUUCACCUACACCAAUCCGGCUGCCGGCUCUGACAACCUCUGAGGACUGGGCAGGAGCGGCGCCGGCCCUGGGCAUGUCCCCCAGCACCGUGCAGCCCUCCGCCGCUGGCAGCAGGAGCCGGAUGGUUCUGGAGCAGCUGGAUCCGAGCGCGUGA